GCCCCGCCUCUGUCCGGGUUCUCGCGAGAUUUCCCUGGAAACGCCGCACCACCGCGUUCGUGUGGUGUGCAUGCUAAAGUACCCCAAUAACUUUGCCAACUUCCAUGUAAAACCUUUUCAGUUUCAAUCGGUAACGUGAAUUUUACACGGGGAACACCGUCACCAUGAGUAUACUCGCCAAAAUAGCAGAAAUUGAAAAUGAGAUGGCCAGGACGCAGAAGAACAAGGCCACAGCUCACCACUUGGGUCUGCUCAAAGCACGUCUUGCCAAACUCAGAAGGGAACUCAUCACACCUAAAGGAGGCAGCGGUGGUGGGACAGGAGAAGGUUUUGAUGUAGCGAAAACCGGUGACGCUCGUGUCGGCUUUGUUGGCUUUCCUUCUGUAGGAAAGUCUACACUGCUAAGUAACCUUGCAGGUGUAUACUCUGAGGUUGCUGCCUACGAGUUCACCACUCUAACAACAGUACCUGGAGUCAUUCGGUAUAAAGGUGCUAAAAUUCAGCUCCUGGAUCUCCCAGGAAUCAUUGAGGGCGCCAAAGAUGGAAAGGGCAGAGGCCGACAGGUCAUCGCAGUGGCUCGAACCUGCAAUCUGAUUCUGAUAGUGCUCGAUGUGUUGAAGCCUCUUCUUCAUAAGAAGCUAAUAGAACAUGAGCUGGAAGGCUUUGGCAUUCGGCUUAACAAGCAACCACCAAACAUUGGUUUCAAGAAAAAGGACAAAGGAGGCAUCAACUUUACCGCUACGUGUGCACAGAGUGAGCUUGACGCUGAAACAGUUAAGAGCAUCUUGGCAGAGUACAAGAUCCACAACGCCGACAUCACUCUGCGCAGUGACUCCACAGCUGAUGACCUCAUCGAUGUGGUGGAGGGAAAUCGCGUCUACAUCCCAUGCAUUUAUGUGCUCAACAAAAUCGACCAGAUCUCCAUUGAAGAGCUCGACAUCAUCUACAAAGUGCCCCACACUGUGCCCAUCUCAGCCCACCACCGCUGGAACUUUGAUGACCUGCUGGAGAGGAUGUGGGACUACUUAAGGCUUGUGCGCAUCUACACCAAACCCAAAGGCCAGCUUCCUGAUUACACGUCUCCUGUUGUGCUCCCCAAUGACCGAACUUCAGUGGAGGAUUUCUGCAUGAAGAUUCACAAAAACCUCAUCAAAGAAUUUAAGUAUGCACUUGUUUGGGGCUCCUCUGUAAAGCACAACCCUCAAAAGGUGGGCAAGGACCAUGUGAUGGAGGAUGAAGAUGUUAUCCAGCUGGUGAAAAAGUAAAAAAAAAAAAGGAUUCUUAAUGCUCACUGCAUGACCCAUGUUAUCACAAAGUGUUCUGUACAGCUGCUCAAUAAACUACCGGACAUGUCUGUCAUUACAGCAUCUGUUGUUUUUGCUUUCAUUGAUUUAAAACAAUGGCAGGUUAAAGUGUCAUAUUUAAAGUAACACACAGUACUUAACACCAUGAAUAGUUCAUAUUGAAUAUUGGUUAAGGCUUCCAUUGACUCCUAAAAGAACUGUACAAUAAAAUCACAGUGGAAUCUCAA